GUUCCUGUCUGACUGUAACACCGCCCCCACCCCUCCCUAAAACAAGCGCACCCAGCGUCAGAGCGUGACGCGGAAGUAGCUGCGUCGUCAAAGACCGAACGUCGCUCCGGUCACUGCUCGAUCAGGAGCUCGGGCUCAGAGACGAUGGUGCAGAGCAGCAGUGGGCCGACGUUCACUCCUCUGGUGGUGGUGGAGCUGACGUCCGACGCCAAGAGAGAAGCAGUCGAAUGGCUCCUGAGCAGGAUAAGAGACCAACAACAGGCUGGAGGUGCGGAGCUGCUGGUGGAGCAGCUGGCCCCUGCUGUCGGGGCUCAGGAGAAGGAAAACCCCAACGUGUUCGUGGUGGGAGCCUCCAGACAGAGGCUGCUCUCUGGAGCGGAGGAAGUUGGCCUCUUCAAGGAGUUCAGCGACGGGUCCAUGAGAACGUUCACCUGCAGCAACAAGCACAACUUCAGAGACUUUGAAGGCGAUGGCGACAGCUUCCUCAGCAUGGCCGAGUGUCAGUUCAUCAUCAAGCACGAGCUGGACACGUUAAGAGCCAAAGAUGAAACUCAUGUGCCGGGAUACGCUCAGGUCAAACUCUACCCCGGGAAAUCUAUUGUCCGCAGGCUGCAGUCCAAAGGAAUCCUGAUCCAGAUGUUUCCUCUCCAUGAGAAGGAGGAACUCAAGAGACUCUCGUUCUCCUGGUACAAACGAGUCAAGUUGUCUUUUCAGCCUCUCGACGACAUCCGACACUACUACGGCGAGGGCCUGGCCUUCUACUUCGGCUUCCUGGAGUACUUCACCUUCGCCCUGGCGCCCAUGGCCCUCAUCGGAGUACCCUACUACCUGUUUGACUGGGAGGACUAUGACAAAUACGUGCUCUUUGCCGUGUUUAACUUGAUCUGGUGCACUGUUAUUCUGGAGUUCUGGAAGAGGUGCAGUGCGUCGCUAGCUUACCGCUGGGGCACGCUGAGCAGGAAGAAGGCCUUCGAAGAACCUCGGCCCGGUUUCCACGGCGUCCUUGGCUUCAAUCCUGUGACGGGCCGCGAGGAGCCUCUCUACCCCAACGCCAAGAGGCAUCUGCGUAUCUACCUGGUGUCGCUGCCCUUCGUCCUGCUCUGCCUCUACCUGUCGCUCUACGUCAUGAUGGUCUACUUCCAGAUGGAGGGCUGGGCGCUGAACGUCCACGACGAGGAGCCCACGUUCUGGACCGGAGUACUGCUGUUCAUCCCUAGUGUCAUCUACGCCGUGGUCAUCGAGGUCAUGAACCUCAUCUACAGAUAUGCUGCUGAGUUCCUCACAGAGUGGGAGAAUCACAGACUUGAGUCUUCGUAUCAGAAUCACCUGGUCCUCAAAGUUUUAGUCUUCAACUUCUUCAACUGCUUCGCCUCGCUGUUCUACAUCGCCUUCGCCAUGCAGGACAUGGUGCUGCUCCGACAGAGUCUGGCCACCCUGCUGAUCACCAGUCAGAUCUUGAAUCAGUUCAUGGAGGCCUUCCUGCCCUACUGGCUCCAGAGGAGACGCAACAAGAAGAUGAUCCACAAAGUCCAGAGGAGAAGAACUCUGGAGGACAGAGAGUUUCCUCUGGCCGAGCAGGUUCGGCUGGAGGCAGAAAUGAGCACCUACCUGGGAACGUUCGAUGACUACCUGGAACAGUUCCUUCUGUUCGGGUACGUCAGCCUGUUCUCCUGCGUCUACCCUCUGGCUGCCGUCCUGGUGCUGCUGAACAAUGUCACGGAGGUUUACUCCGACGCCUUCAAGAUGUGUCGCGUGUUCAAACGACCCUUCUCCGACCCGGCGGCGAACAUCGGCGUCUGGCAGCUCGCCUUCGAGGCCAUGAGCGUCAUCGCCGUGGUUACCAACUUUGCACUGAUCGGCUUGUCUCCACAAGUCAAGGCCUAUUUCCCCGAGUCGGACACACAACUCAUUCUGUGGACUGUGGCUAUCGAGCACGGACUUCUGGCCUUCAAGUUCAUCCUCACCUUCCUCAUCCCAGACGUCCCCAAACACAUCCAGAUCAAACUGUCCCGUCUGGAGUUCCAAUCCCUCGAGGCCCUGAAGAAAAAGAAAAUGCUGGAGGCCUCGGAGCUCCGGACGGUGGAGCAGUGAGGAGGAGGAGGAGGAGGAGGAGGCGAGGAAGAGGAGGAGGGGCGGACGCUUCACUCAGCUUUAACACGUCGUCAUACUGUUGUUUACACACACACGCACACACACUUAUACAUUAUGAUUUUCAUGCAUCACUGGGGUCUGUGGUGACAACAGGAAAAACUGUGGUUUAAUAUUCAAAGAGAUACAAGCAGGUGAUCAAAUCACAGAGGAAUGCUGAUAAUGACAUAAUAUUUUGUUGCAAAAGUAUUGAUUUAAGAUCCAAGAUCUUAAUUGAAGGUAGUUUUCUGUUGUAUGUUCUGUUCUUCACUCCAUGUACAGUAAUAAUAAUAACUCCUGACUAAUAACCUGCUGGCUUACAUGACAGUUUGAUUUUGCUCAGUAUCACAGCUGCUGCUGCUUCUUGAAUGGCCAUAAAGAUUUGAAUGUCAUAACCAACACUAUAUUUUAUUGUAUCGACUGUAUAAAUGCAGACAGAACUAGAAUUUCAAAACUGUUCCUCCACCACGGUCCAACAGUUCAAUUUCAGUUCAAUUAAGCCUCAGAGAUCAGUCCCCAAAAAAUCAAGAUCGGCAAAAAUCAAAAUGCUAUAAAUGUAAUAAUGUAAUGUAGAGCUGCAACUAACGAUUAUUGUCUCCAUUAAUCGAUUAUUUGUUUGGUUCAUAAAAUGUGGAUCGUGUUUCCCAAA